ACUAGCAGACAGUAAAUGUUUAGCAUAUUUUUUUUUUAAUAGUGGAAACGCUAGUCCAUGCAGUUAAAGUUAUCACAAUACCUUACACUAUUACCAUUUACGUUUGGCAUCCGGAUCAGCUAUGGCCCUCCUACGUACAUAUCUGUUAACAAAUCGUAUUUCAGCCCAACUAGUUGUACGGACACAACAUCGGGGAAAGCGUGAUAACGUUCCUGAAGGAAAUGCUGUAUCGCAGUUUCAUGCUUCAACUAAUCAGCCAGAAAAAGGCAAAAUAUAUGAUAAAAAACCAUUCAAGUUUAUGUGUGAAAAGGGUAAAACUUACAUGUGGUGUUCUUGUGGUCAUAGCAAAACACAGCCCUUUUGUGAUGGAACACACAAGAGCCCAUUCCUUAACAUCAAACUAAGACCAGUUAGGUUUGUCCCUGAAGAAACCAAAGAGUAUUGGUUCUGCAAUUGCAAGCAAACAAAUAGUCGCCCAUUUUGUGAUGGAACUCACAGAAAUGAAGUAUGAUUGAUGAACGUGGCAGGUAUGAGGUAAACUGCUCUGCUGCCACAUAACUAACAGCCUAUAUGUGUAAUACAAAAGUAAAUAGUGAAAUAAAAUGGCCCUGAACAUGUCA